AAGUUGCCUAAUAAUUAUGCACAGUAAUAGUCACCUGCACACACAGAUAUCCCCCUAAAAUAGCUAAAACUAAAAACAAACUAAAAACUACUUCCAAAAAUAUUCAGCUUUGAUAUUAAUGAGUUUUUUGGGUUCAUUGAGAACAUGGUUGUUGUUCAAUAAUAAAAUUAAUCCUCAAAAAUAAAACUUGCCUAAUAAUUCUGCACUCCCUGUAUAUGAUUCUCCUUUCUUUUUAAAGGACAAACCGAUGGUGCAGUAAUGAAUAGUGAAAUAACACCACUGUUACUCUAUAAGUAACACCUGGGCCUCAAUGCAGAAUUCUUUUUUUGGUUUUAUUUAUCCUGUCAUGUGCUUACCGUGUGCUGUCUAUUUAUGUUUGUUUGUCUUGUAGCACCUAUGCUCAAGCAUUAACAAAUAUGUCUAAAUCAUUUCUUGACCUAAAUAUGUGAUAUAUUUACAGAACAAUGAUUUAACAGCUCAAUUGUCCAGAACAUACAGGGCAAUAAAAGGGUUGAACCACAACAGCAAACCACACUCUUAGGGGGUGAUAGUACCUCCCCUCAGUAAUAUUCCUCUUAUGCCUAAUGUUAUGGUCAAUCAAUGGGUUAAAUCACCGCUGCACACAUUUAUAAAAUAUGAGAGUUUCCAUAUUUAGGUACAGCUAUGCUAGCCACUUUUUUGUAUUAAAAAUAAAUAUAAUAAAUGCAUAUUGCAGUGCAGGAUUUUCCUAAACAACAAUAGGAAGUUGCGUUUAACACUUUCUAUUAUUGUCUUACUGGAAAAUUUAAUAUCUCUUUCAUUUGCCUCUAUUAUCUAUCAUCCUGUGGCUUUAAAAAUACUUCACACAUACACAGCACAAGCUGAAAAUAAUUUGCACAUAAGCUAUCCAUGUGUAUGCGCAAUAUAACCCUAAAUUCUGCACAUAUAUAAAAUACCUGUAUGCACAGCAAUAUUACAUAAACACAGUGCCUUGUCUCUCCUUCCCAUCCUGUCUCACUCUUACAAACAUACUUUGCUCAAGUCAAUAUCCCUCCCACAUCUAUUCAGAGUUAUUUGCUUUUCAUGUUUUAUAAAGCUCUACCUAGAGGAGGGUGUGUCCACAACUACUCAGGUUCUCACAGCAUAUUUCUGUCAGUUAUCUGCAGCUGACUUACAGUGAUAGAAAUACAACUGACAACUGGAUCUCACUGAGACAAUACGUUAUUCACUGCUCUGCCCAAGAUCACUAGAGAGGUGCGCUGACAAACUGAUAUGUACCUGAAAGAAUUCACUGAGAGACUGUUGUGCACAGGGAAAAGAAAAGAAACUGCUGUGCAACAAGAACCAUAGACUUUACCUUUUGUAAAGUACCUGGAUCUAUAUAAAACUUGUGUGGAAUGUCACCUGCAAAACAUAUUUAUUGACAUUUCUAAAUCUUCCCUGCAUUGUCAUCCUCAUUACCUUGCUCUUUGUACAUAGAUAUUAUACCUACUUCAAAGUGGUAAACUGGCAUUCCAUUACUGUGUGUGAGACUUAAUUUUGUAAUAUACACAUCUGAUCUCAAAGUUUAACUACCUUAAGAUUUUGUCAUGGGCACAUUUAUUGGUCACAUCUCCCCUGGUCUGGCAUUCUUUUCAUUUGGACUCCUGUAUUCUAUUCGCUAUUCCUGGAUGGUACUUAAUGGAGACCGGGAGCAGUACCGUUCAAGGACCAAGCCAGCUCGUAACUUCCUCUGUUCAUUGCCUGUAGAGGGAGUGAUGAAGAUGUUCUAUGGUUUGAUGGCUGUUCUGGCUGAGUUUUUCUUCCCUCCUGGUGUUCAGAAACUUCACUUUUUUCAACCAGGGGACCCAGAGUUUCAUUUUGUGAACCCAAAUGAGUGGCAGCAUGCCACUAUGUAUGGAUACUUUUGUCUGAGUGGAGCCCUUGAUAUUGUAAGUCAGUCCUGUCUGCAUCAACGAUGCCCACUUCUUGAACACAUGUCAGUCACUGCUGCUUUCUUUGUUACCACUCUCCUACUCAAGUUUCAUGCUCAUGGGAAAGAAGCUAUAGAAGUGCAGGUCCAUUCUCUUCUUCUCUUAACAUGUGCCCUAACCUGUGCCAUCUUCAUUGUGGAGAUCUGGUGGCCCAACCAACGUAAACUGUGGUUUGCCAAGGCCUGGCUAGUGCUAAUUCAGGGAUCAUGGCUGUUUCAUGCUGCCUUUAUCUUGUACAGACCAUCAACUGGCCAUAAAUGGGAUAGCGGAAGCCCAGUGGAUCUCAUGUUCCUCACCACUUUCUAUUGCUGGCAUCUUGCUCUGAAUGCUGGACUAAUGGGUGCAUUGUUUUGGGCCACCUCUCUUGCUUAUCGGCGCUGGGGAAUUCAUUCAAACACUGGCUACCGGCUAGCUGGGAAAGAUGCAGAGUUAGAGAAGCUUACUGGAGAAGCUGAUGAAGGUUUUUAAUUUGUUGAUUUUAAUUAAAUGUUUUCACUUUGCCAAUUUAAUAUAAAAUUAUUAUAAAAUAAAUUAUCAUUGACCAUUUGUGUGUUUUUUGGUACAAUGAUUAUUCUUGAAAGCAACAAUGUAAGGAACAUUUACCCUAAUUUAAAUGAUCAAUGGCAAGCAUCUCCUGGAGACCAGCCGCACCCUAUCCUUAUCUCUGAAACAGAUAUGUCCUUUUGUAUUACACAUUCAGAGAAGUAGAGGUUGAAAAGAUGUUCUUAGCUCUGCUGUUAAUCUAGAAUAUACUAAUCCUUAAAAUGAUAUGUAAUUUAAAAUGCUUUAUGCAAGUGUGUGUAAAUAUAUAUUUUUAUGCACACACAAACAAAUAAAUAUAUAUAUACACAUGCACACACACAUAUAUAAAUUGUACUCCCCCCCCCCCCCCAAACAUCUAAACUGUUUCAUAUGAGAAUCUAAAACAGUUCUGUUGUGUUUUAUGAGAAUCUAAAACAGUUAUGUUGUGUUUUUUUUUAUUUCUGCAAAGUAUUUAUUAAUCCAUGUUAAAAGGAUUAUUUAUACCCUGGCCCACUUAAUUUUUGUGCACCUACUGUUUUUCUUAUUAAAUGCAUAAACUGCAUGUCCUUUCUGGAAUAUAAUGCUCUUGUAUAUAUCAUCUGAUAUAUUAUUUCCCAGCUCAUCUACCCACAAUAAAAUAAAGUAAAAAUGUGUUUGCUAUAAAGAAAGACCUUCUUUUAAAACCAUUCUCUUCAUGCAUGUUAUUUUUUUUAUAUAAACUUUAAAUAGCUGUAGUAUAAUCUGUUUUUCGCUGAACAGUUGCUAUAAGAAAUUAUACUUUUGUGACAAAUUACUGCUUUCAGUUUGGACAGUUUAACAUAGAGGAUCCUUUGUAUAUAUUUUUGACUGGUUUUGGUAUGUUGUAUAUAAUAAAUAUGUGAUGCACAAAAACACAUAGAGAUAAAUCAGCUUUUGAACAUUAUCUUCUUAAAUAAUUGUGUUUUGAAGUUUAUAGAGAUAUAUUUAAAUUUGAUUAUUACACCUCAAAAAUAUGUUUACCGUUCCUUUAAAUACAAAAGUGUGAUGAUGCCCCAUAUGUGUAAAGGUUAAUCACCCCGGUCCAGAUCUGCCAACUUCUUUUUAACUGGCUAGUUUACAAAUGUGUUGACUUGUUUUAUGUAUGUUCUGUAGCCCUGCUCAGAAUGCAGAUAUGUUAUUAAUAAAACAGUACAUUAAGUUGUAUUGCAAUAUUUUAGGUUGUCAAACUUUAAAUGUUCUUUCUUGAAUAUGAAGGAGCUGCAAUCAAAUGUUUAAAUUCAUGUUUGCAUAACAAUUAUUUAUUUCAAGCUGUUAAAACUGAUAUGCAGAAUAGCAAUAAAUACAUUAUUAUACACUUCAGUAUCAAUCACUUACAGGAAGAUAAAGACGACUCCCAAAACUCUGUUGGUCGGACCUGGACAAGCAUGAAAACAAUGGUUUAUUUAAUCUAUAGACAAACAAAGAAGAUCAAGAAAAUGUGAUUUAAAUAUUCCUUUAAACAAAAUAUGGAUUUUCCCUGCGUUGAAGAGAGAGAGAACAAGCGUCAACUGAAGCUGGCACAAAAAGGAAGUAAAACAAAUCUCUGACUUUGUAAGUCUAAAUUUAAAAAGUAGUACAAACAUGUUGGCUGAAUGUGACCUAGUGUAUUUUAAAAUAAAUUUUACAAUUAAAUAAUAAA